AAUUUAGCAAAAUUUUUCAUAGAUAUUCAAGAAAGAAGGAUUGUGUACUGAAGGAAAGCAAGGAGUAAACGAACUCGAGAAAUCGUAGCAGAGCAGUGGAGAGAGGCUAGACGAAUCGGAGAGUUCAGUCCAAAAACAAGAGAAAUAGAGAAGAAAGAAGAAGAGACAAGGCCGAAGAUCAAAAUUUGGGAAAAUUCCCUUAAUAGUUUUUGAACCCAGCCCUACUUGACUCUGCGCCAAUAUGGAAGAGCAAGAAGUGCUUCCUGUCAUCCUUGAAUUGCUCCAAUUCACUUCACCACCAUAAUACUCUCUCUUUUGAGGACAUUUCUGGAGACUGAAAGAAUCUGACCAGCUACCUCUUGGAAAGGGAAAGAAUUCCUGAAAGUCCAAGAGAGGGUCAAGAAAACAUAACCUAGAUUUAGAAUAUUGCAACUUCCUGGUUUCGUAUUCAAGUAUCUACCUAUCAAAUGAUCAAGUAUCAGCWGCCAUUUCUUGGUAUCAAAUGUUGACCUCGCUCCGUUUCAUUGUUUACAACUUCCGUUAACACCCUAUUCUAGGUUCCUCCUUUACCCCAUAAAACAUGAUGAUUUGCAGUUUUAAAGGAACUGUUUCUUAAUUUAUGUUAUGGCCUUUGUUAUUCAGAUAUGAAGCAAACCGAAGACUAAAAAAGGUGAACUUUUAGUACGGAUUGUUUUAAAGUGUGUUUCUUGCGCGGAUAACACCAUCGCAACGCUGUGCAAUCCCCAAGGGUAAUCCCCCAGACUGUUUUGCUAUCCUGUAUCAUUUCKAUAAUGUAUUUUGAAACUGAAAAUCGUUUAGAAGUAAAAAGAGCAUAAUAAUAUAUUGUGGUCCAAGGUUUCGAUCCAAAGCAGCUUUUACUAUAUGGGAUUACUAAUAACUUCCGGUGAGUCGACCCACCAGCUUCCGUUCGCGCAUGACGUCAUAACCUAACAUGCGGUACUGUACUAUGCAGUUGUGUGCGGAGCCAAGACGGUGAGGUUGAUUUUCUGAGUAGUUUUACCUGAUUGAAUCUUUUCAAUGGUCGUUAUGAGUGAGAUAUAGCAGGAUAGAUGUCUGCAGGCCCGAAAGACGUCGAUGAAUGCAAAGAAGAGGUAUUCUCUGAUAUUUCUUGCUGGGAUUGUUGGCUGUUGUAUCUUCGUGGCAUUCAGAAUCAUCACAGAGUCCAGCUCGCGUUCUUCAAAUGUCAACGCGCGACAACCCCCGUAUUUAGAUCUUUACAAGCCGUCUUUUAUCAAUGUUUAUGAUGAAUAUAGACUGGAUAAUGUUUCUUCGACGAUCCAGCGUCCAUGGACUGGAAAUUCUGAAAGAACUAACUCGAAAUCAUGUUCWAUGGAAGAUUGUUUUGACAAAGCCCGGUGUCUUCACAGCUUCAAAGUUUACGUGUAUCCCAUCCAGCCGGGGCAAAAACUCUGCCCCGUAUUUGCAAAGAUCUUAAAAGUUUUAAAAGAGAGUAGUUUUUAUACAGACGAUCCUAAGCAAGCAUGCUUACUUGUGCCAAGCGUGGACUUAUUAGAUAGAGACAGAUUGAGUUCUGAUUACGUUCACGAUGUGAGCAGCAAAAUUCGAAAUCUACCAUUCUGGAAUUCGGGUCGAAAUCACAUCAUUUUUAAUUUAUUUUCUGGUACAUGGCCUCAUUACUCUGAACAUUUGGGGUUUGACUACGAAAAUGCAAUCUUAGCAAAAGCCUCUAUGUCUACCGAUCUUCUCAGACCGCAAUUUGAUAUCAGUCUUCCUUUAUUUCCAAAGACGCAUCCACAAAAAGAUGGCGUGAACUUACCUCAUUCUAAACUCAUUUUCCCUCUCGAGCGGAGGUAUAAAUUAGCCUUUAAAGGAAAGCGGUAUCUACAUGGUAUAGGUAGUGCGACUAGAAAUGCACUAUAUCACAUUCACAACGGCAAAGAUAUUAUUUUGCUAACGACAUGUAAGCAUGGCAAAGGAUGGGAGAAGCUGAAAGACGAGCGCUGCGAUAGAGACAACGCACUUUAUGAAAGGUAUUCCUAUGAAGAAUUACUGCACAAUUCCACAUUCUGCCUUGUGCCUCGAGGACGACGUCUCGGGUCUUUUCGCUUCCUAGAAGUUCUCCAAKUUGGGUGUAUUCCUGUCCUUUUAAGUGAUGGAUGGGAGUUACCUUUCUCAGAAAUAUUAGACUGGAAGAAAACUUUGAUAAAUGGCGAUGAACAACUUUUGAUGCAAAUUCCAGGAAUUGUAAGAUCUUACAGUAAGAGUCAAGUACUAGCCAUGAAGCAGCAGUCUUUGUUUUUAUGGAAUGCUUAUUUUUCAUCCAUCGAAAAAAUUGUUUUAACAACAGUGGAGAUUAUCAGGUCGAGACUAUUAAAAUCCAAAGCCGCUAGUUACGCAAUGUGGAACAACUAUCCAGGAGCACUCGUGACAUCGCCGUUUUAUUCAAGAGAUCUUCAGGACUUUCCUUUCUAUCAUGUCAAACAAGGCAUCAAAAGUUCUCGUUUCACAGCAGUAAUUUAUACAAAAUCUACAGGCAUAAAAGAAUCUUCCUCAUUAUACAAGCUUAUACAAAAUGUCGCUGAAUCAAAGAACGCUGCAAAGAUUUUAAUUCUAUGGAUGUCAGAUUCRCCGAUUCCUGAAAACAGAAGAUGGCCAUCUGUAAGGUUGCCAUUAAUGAUUGUCAGGCCAGAUGUAAAGAAUCCAAAUAGCAGGUUUUUACCAAGGUCUAUUAUAGAAACAGAUGCCAUUUUAUCACUGAAUGGAGAUGUAAAGUUGAAUGUUGAUGAGGUGAGAAGACAUGAACAGUUUUGGGGUUCUCCAGUAUAUCAUGCUAGCCUUAAAUAA